UGAGAGUGAGUCAGCUCCCAGAUGGUCGGUGUAGCCCAGCAUGUCCAGGCGAUUCCUCAGUUGGAGCAUUCUCCUCUCACUCCUGCUGUCCAUCGCGCGUAUCUCUCACGACUAUGCGAGGGACGAUUAAGACGUCAAUAAACGUCAAGAAAAUUAAAUGCUCUAGUUACAAUUCAGGCGGUUUUAGCUCGGUUUGAAUACAAGGACUGUUAUUGUAAAGCGUGAAACGGACCGGACUGAGCCGAUAUUUUUGAAGAUUGUAUUUUAAAAGGUCAGUUCUUUGUGACGCUCCGCGGCGGCUCGUCAAAGCGUCGGUCACGUGACUUGCAACAGCGUUAUUUUGUAGUUUCGUAACGAAACAUUCGGGCGGAAGAAAAAAAAACGUCUUUAAAACUAAGUAAAAACAGCGGAAACACCUUCACGGUGUAUAUAUGGCAAACCUGUCGCUAAUGAGAGCUGGCCGGUGACGUCACACGACUGCCCGUUACCGCCAACUUCUGGUCGGGUCACUAAACGUUUUUGUGUGCCGCGUAUUUUCGUAAUUGUUCACUUCUGACGGGGAAUGAAACGCUUAAGCGCUCGAACUAGGUUCAUUGUGUCUUCGUACCGAAUAUUUUUCUGCCACUUAUUUUAGGUAAAUCUACACGAACAUGUUUGGACGUGCCACUUGCCCCGACUUGGGUUAAAAAAAUAAAAAAGUUCGGACGUCCUCUUGGAAUUGAAGACCCUCUCGGCUCAGGUGCAACAUGAUCUACUGAAGCAACAUCACUUCCUUUCAGGCAUCUCCUCCACACCACCGAGAGCCUGCGCAAUGCCAACUUGUCAACGGGGAGAAAAGCCGAGGAACAAGAAAGCUGCGAGCCACCGAAAAAGGACAGCUGCUGCUCAGCCAGAAUAAUGAGCUCCACCUUCUGAAGGAGGGCAGAAGGACCAUGCCACCAGGGGCGGGAAAACGCCCAGAGUUACUUACAGAUGUCAGAGAAUGCAGGCCAAUGAAGCCAUACCUCCUCAAACUUGUCAUCUUUCUUCCCUCACAUCCACUCAUCCUGCGGCUUCCCGGCCUGAGGAUUUUUUCGCAGCAAACGGAAGGAUCUUUGAGCUGCAGGAAGAAGUCAGCAAGAUCAAAACCGACCUGGAAAAAGCCCACGGAUGCAUAAAACUGUUACUAACCCAAGUGGCCGAGCGGGACAAAGUGAUAGAGACUCUGAAUCAAGCCCUACGCGCAGGUAGACCACAUGAUGUUGUUUCUGUGGAAGCUCAAAACACCACCAAUACGAAAGUGAUCGCCUAUCUUAACCUUCAGAUCGAGUACCUUCAAGAGUCCAACAAGAUGCUAGAGGAAAAGCUUUCGGAAACGCAGCAGAAGUUUUCAGACAAAAUGGCCGACCUUUCUUUAAAGAACUUUGAGCUGUGUCGAGAUGUGGCGCAUAAGAACAACAUCGCGAAGCAGGCCCAGACGGAUAAGAAGCGAGGCUUGUGUAUCGCUUACAGGAAGUUGUACGCUUCCAAGGAACUUAUUCUUGAUCAACAGGAACUCAUUAAAGAUUUGGAAGAUAACCUAAUAAAAAUAAGAACUGAACCUUCAGCGAUGAACUCAAGUGGAUUCACUGGAUUGGAUAGGAUUAUUGACCUGGAAAAGGCUGUUCAGAGUCUGGAGAAGGAGAGACUGGACCUGCGCUCGCAACUUUCCAUGCUGAGAGACAGCAAACGGGAUGUGCAGUCACAAAUGGAUGUUUGCUCUGUUGCACGGCUUCAGGAUGAAGAAGCAGGGAAAGCAGUCCACUCUUCUCGUAAGCUGCAGGGGCCGCCAAACAGCCACGAGUUACAGCUGGCGAGCAUGUUAAAACAGCUGGUUGACUCUGAGGAGGAGAUGGCAGGACUCAAACAAGACAAAGAAAGCUUUGCCACAAAAUACAGGAUGUUGCAAGAUGAACUGACCAGACAGAAGCAAGCUGCACAUGGCUUGGAGGAUGUUUUUCAUGAGCGUGAUGAGCUAAAACUUAGAGUAAGCUCUUACAUCACAACAGUGUCUAGGAUUGAGAACCUGUUGAAGACAAAGGAGCAGGAGAAUUUCGAACUGCUUGAGCGCUUACGAAAGGCCCGCUUUGACAUACAUGAAAGGGAUCAGAGGCUGCAGCAGGUCGAGGACCUCAUGGCGUCAGUUGGCAUGGAGUUGCGCAAAGUACAGCCGGCUGCUAUUCUCUCCGAUCUGGCCUGUGCCAGGGAGCUCAACGCCAAACUGGACUCAGACAAUGAACUCGCUGUAUAUCAACUCACAUCCAAGAGCGUAGAGCUUGAGCUGGUGAAGGAACAACUGGAAGAUAUCCAGUCAGAGCUUUUAAAAAAGCAACUGGAAAAAGAAAAAGAAAAGUUGACCCUGCUUUCCAACACUCUUCAAAAGGCUAGCGAGGGGGAGUCACAGAUGAGGUUCCAACCAGACAGACUCAUCCCAGCUGACAAAAUGACUGGUGACUGCAACUACGGGAAGCAGGUGUCCCACCAUCAAGGUCGAGUCAGUCAGCUUUGGACGGAGACGAAUGACUGCAACACAAGAGUGACAACAGAACGCCAGGAGCAACAUGUGACCUUCAAGGAUUGAUCUCAAAUGAAAGCAUCUGUGUUAAAGAUCUUUCAUCAUGUUGCAGCACAUGGAGCUCUCCCUGGAUCUUAAUAACUAUACACGUCUUCUGUCGGGUUCACUUAUAUGGGCGGCAGUAGCUGAGUCAACCAGGGUUUUGCUUUGGACACUGCAAACGUGCUUUGCGACACGCUUAAUUAUGGAGCGCAUGCUGUGAUAACACCAGCAUGGAACUAUUAAUGUUUGUGUUUAAGUUUCCAGUUCUUUUUCAAAGGUUUAAUUAUGUAAAAAAAAAAGGCAAAUUGCACCCUCAGCUGGAAUUUGAUUGGAAUAGUUUGUAGGGUCAUUGGUAUGGUGACCAGAUUGUGUACAGAACAUGGUGUAUCAUCAGGUCUAUUGGAAAAGCUGCUUCUUUAUUUGAUUGAAUGGUUGGAGAGUCUGUGACUUAAAAUUAGUUAAAAAUAAUCCACAACCGUGUUUUAGCCAUGUUGAACUACUCCUUUGUCACAGUCGCGGGACAUCUCUAGUCCAGUCCUUGUGAAGUAAAACAAUAUAGUACAAAUUAAUGCCAUUUAAAAAAAAAAAAAAAGAAAGAAUCUUUUAAUGCCGGCAAUACUGAGUGUUUAUGUUUGGGAGAGCAUACGUGAAGAGGGAGAAGUCUAGGAUGUACUUUGGCAGGAGUUCCCUCAGCAGCUUCUGUGGAAGGCUGCACAGGUAAAACUGUAUCGUGUCUGCGGUGACUGGCUUGUACCACGACUGUCUCUCUGGAAAGCGCACGUGCGCUGGAGCCCCGAUUUGCUGGAGCACAAACUCGGCAUCCAUUUCUAGGUGUUCGUACGAGCCGAUGAAGUCGUAGGUGAGCGCGCAAGGCUGGCAUAGGUUGUACAUUGGCAUCCAGUGCUCGUUCAUGUGCUCCGCAUCCUCAUCCAGGAGGUAAUGGACAAACUCUGCAAAAGUGACGUCAUCUCCGGUUAUCAGCGAGUUAUCAAGCGGGCGGCCCUUCCUGUAACGCUUGAUGAUCUCAACGCCGUAUUUUUUUUGGAAGGACUCGAUCUCGCCGAACUUAUUCCUGUAUGCAGAAAGCAGGCGUGCCAUGGGAUCUCGCACAAACAUGAACUUGAAGUAGUGCUUGAGGCGGUAACGAAUCUCCUCUGGUUUCAUGGAGGCCAAAAAGACGAGGUCAUGUUUGUGGUCCAUUUUCCCUUUGACGUCCAUGCUCUCCAGCGCCCCGUUUAGGACCUUAAGGACCCUUUUCCAGUUGGAACAGGCCACCUUGGGGACGUAGCAGUAGAGGAAGCCGUACUUGUCGUUCACCAGAACGUGCUGCAGCAAGGUCUUCCUCUGUGAGGGUGCCAGGGACCAUAAAUCGUGGGGCAUGUUCUUCUGGCUGCACAUGGUCCUGAUGGUGCGGUUCCUGAUCUCCUGGAGGAUCUGAAUGGAAUGGCAAAGGAAACGGGAUUAAAAACAAUUUCUAGGUAAGAACUUUUGCAUUGUGCCUUUUAAUCAAAGAUGAUAUAGACCAGUGGUUCUCAAAUGGGGGUUUGCGUACCCCUCGGGGUACUUGAAGGUAUGCCAAGGGGUACGUGAGAUUUUUUUUUAAAUAUUCUAAAAAUAGCAACAAUUCAAAAAUCCUUUAGAAAUAUAUUUAUUGAAUACUACUUCAACAAAAUACGAAUUUAAGUUCAUAAACUGUGAAAAGAAAUGCAACAAUGCAAUAUUCAGUGUUUACAGCAAGAUUUUUUUGUGCACAUGUUCCAUAAAUAUUGAUGUUAAAGAUUUAUUUUUUUGUGAAGAAAUGUUUAGAAUUAAGUUAAUGAAUCCAGAUGGAUCUCUAUUACAAUCCCCGAAGAGGGCACUUUAAGUUGAUGAUUACUUCUAUGUAUGGAAAUCUUCAUUUAUAACUGAAUCACUUGUUUAUUUUUCAACAAGUUUUUAGUUAUUUUUAUAUAUUUUUUUCCAAAUAGUUCAAGAAAGACCACUACAAAUGAGCAAUAUUUUGCACUGUUAUACAAUUUA